AUGCCAUCGCGUUGGCCUCAUGCCGUGAAAGUGGUUGCUAUUGUGGUAUCAUGUUUAUCUAUCCUUGGCGUAGUCGGCUUAGGACUUUUAACCGGCUUCUUCUACAUGUAUGGGAGCAAAGCAAUAUUUCACCCAGACAGCCAUUAUAUUGAAGAAGAUCCGGCAUAUAUUCGCGGUCCAGCAGUAGCUGGGCUGCCGUUUGAUGACGUUUACAUCACCACGCGAGACAACGUUAAGCUUCAUGGGUGGCUUAUCAAACAGCCAGAACCCAAGGAGGCGCCAACUUUUGUCUGCUUCCAGGGGAACUAUGGCUACCAGGGAUUUCGUCUAGCCCACGCUGAAGAACUCUACGGUCUCGGCGCCAAUGUUUUUCUUAUGGAUUAUAGAGGGUUUGGCCGUAGUGAGGGCACCCCGACAGUGGAAGGCGUAUACGCAGAUGCUGAUGCUGCUUUGGACUAUAUUUUGAGCAACCAGGACGUCAACAACGAGGAUAUAUUCGUAUUAGGUCACAGCCUGGGCGGUGGUGUUGCAGUAGAUCUUGCAAGCCGCAGGGGCAACCAGAUCAAAGGGCUGGUAAUAGAAAACACGUUUACGUCGCUCCGUGAAGUUGCAGAGAGCUGCUACCCUGCGCUUAAACCUCUUAUCCGAUUGUUUACAAUGGUACAGAAGGAUGGCAUGGAGAACAUUGAAAAAAUUCGCAACGUGAAGGUGCCAACAUUCUUUGUUGGCGGGACGAAUGAUAAAGAUGUUCCCCCUGAGCACACAGAGCAACUUUUUCAAGAAUGCGGCGCACCCAAAAAAUGGCUGAAAAUGGUAGAGGGCGGAACGCAUCUACACUGUUAUGGGUGGGCAGUGGAAGGAUGGCAGGAGGAUAUGAUAGAUUUCAUUCGUACAGCCAGAGAGUAUAGUGGUGAGGAGCCUGCCGCCAGAGGAACGUACAAACCUUCAGAUAAGCACUUGGAUGCUGAAGAUGGUAAAUCAGUUGAUUCGACCUUGACGGAACGGGACGAGGGAGACAACAAGGCUGACGGACCUUUGAGCAGUCGCGUGAGUAGGGCUGCUGCUAUUCUCGUGUUGUGCAUUAUUGCUGCUGCAACCACGGCCAUAAUCCGGCAUGGUAAAGCCAAAAGCCCUGCCACAAGGGGCCCUUGGCGGGAACAGCAGGAUGAAUCCACUCUUCAGCAACUGGAUGAACCUUCCCACGACGAUAAAUAUUUGAAUGCCACGCGGGAUUGGACACUUUUUGACGAUGAAUCAGUGGCGUCUUCGCACCUUUAUAGUGCAUCAACGUUCGAUGAAUCUUCCAGCACAGCGCAAACAAACGUAUCUAAGCAGGGCGCUGUCUAA